UCUCAAUAUCAUAACGUCUUGCAGGCUUUACGUAGCGUCUCAAUAUCAUAACCCCUGGCAGUCUUUACGUAGCGUCUCAAUAUCAUAACGUCUUGCAGGCUUUACGUAGCGUCUCAAUAUCAUAACCCCUGGCAGUCUUUACGUAGCGUCUCAAUAUCAUAACGUCUUGCAGGCUUUACGUAGCGUCUCAAUACCAUAACCCCUGGCAGUCUUUACUUACCUGAAUAUAUUACUAGGAAGUGACAGCAAGUCGUCAGUAUGGGGAAAGGCAGCAAGAAGAGAUCUUCCAGCUCUAAAUCACAUGUGGAGUCCGGCGCCAGCUCGUCCGGCGACAUUGCCAAGGUGCCGAAGCCGGUGAUGGUCGCGUUCAUCGGAAUUGAGCUCAUCUUCGGCCUGGUCUUCAUCAUCGUCGGCAGCCUCAACGUCGACAAGUGUAACAUCGACAAAAUGAUACCAAUCUGGCUCAUCAUGAUGGGUGUGGUGUACUUGGUCACGGGCGUGCAUGAGUUCCUUCAGUUCCUGCGCUCCAACAAACCUGCGCACGCCAACAAAGGAAGAGGCUUCAUCUCCCUCAUCAUCACCGGCGUCCUGACCCUCAUAACCGUCGCCCUCUUCGUCGCAGGUAACGUGUUCGUGUACCGGGCGUGGAGUGUGGGACCGGAUUUCGGGCACUACUGGUUCGAGAACGGCUGCGACAUGGGCGCCUACAUGCUCUCCUUCGUGGCCGUGAUCUUCAUGGACGUGUUAUUCGGAGUCAUCAUGAUUGGCAUCUUAGCUUACGCUUGCUGCCACUGCUUCUGCAAGAAAUAGUUACAGCUGCUGCCACUGCUUCUGCAAGAAAUAGUUACCGCUGCUGCCACUGCUUCUGCAAGAAAUAGUUACAGCUGCUGCCACUGCUUCUGCAAGAAAUAGUUACCGCUGCUGCCACUGCUUCUGCAAGAAAUAGUUACAGCUGCUGCCACUGCCUCUGCAAGAAAUAGUUACAGCUGCUGCAACUGCUUCUGCAAGAAAGAGUUUACCAAAUUUUUUUAAAAUAUUCUAUCAAUAGAGGAAGAAGAUAUCAUCAUAUUCGAAAACUCUUUUAAAAACUGUAAUCUUCUUUCGAUCGGAGCAUUUGAGAAGAAUAAUACAGAACGUACAACGCAAACUGAUUUACAGCAAAACUAAAAAAUUGAAGUUUAAUUACUUGUAACAUUGCUUUCAGCGUCUAGCCUUCAUGCUACGUCGGUGGCCAGAAUAAAGUCGCCUUUAAAUUUAUCAAUCAUGUAUAAGAACUCAAAAAUUUUACCACUAUUAAUAAGUUCGAUUACUGAAGUGAUUUUAAAUGUAAAUAUUUUGGAGUAGCUGGUAAGCUCUAGAUUUUAAACGUACUAUUAAUAAUUGUCACUCAUGGAUGUCGCAAAAUGUUCAAGACAAGCAAGCUCCGCACUUUUUAGUUCAGGCAAAAAUGCUCAAUUUUUAAUUCAGACAUUACUAUGCUCCCGCCAGGAGGGGUGGGACAGGCGCAUGCCAGCUCGCCAGGCACAUAUUAAUUUCGUAAUAAAAUAUAUACAUUUUUAAUGGGAGCUAAUUUCCAGGUGUACAAAAAAAUUAUGAAAUAAAAUGAGAGUAUUUUUUGAGCUGCGACACCUAGCAUGAGUGCGACAUCGUUAGUCCUUCAGUCAACCAUCGUUAAGGCUUUACUACGAAAGGAAUACUAAAUUGUGAGCCCGCAACCCAACGUUGCGCUGUACAGUACUGAGGGACGACUGUAGAACUUGUGAUCGUCACAAGAUCUACUGAUCUUCUGGAGCUGAUCAUGUAACAGCAGUUGUGGAGACAGCCAGGUUGGGUGGAGCGAUUAAGCCCAUGAGCGAUGGAGAUGCUUAAUAUUUUUGUUAUCAUUACACAAUGAGCGAUUGCCAAUAAUUGUCUUCGAUGCUUACUGCAUUGCUAUUUACAAUAGAUAAGCUACAAUUUGAUACUUGCUAAUAAAGGAAUACAUUCUA